UCAGUCGUUCGGUUGUUCGUGUGUCCGUUGUUCCGUUCCGUGUACCUUGUCGUUUGUUGCGCGUCCAACGAGAGCCAAACAAAAAAAUCCAAAAUGUUUUACUAGAAUCGAAAAGAACAAUUUUCGCUUAAUUUAAUGCCAAAUAAAGUUUGCAAGCAGCUGUAGAGCAGUUCUCUGUUGGGUUUUAGCGUUUUCCAAACGCCACACUUUGAUAGUUUUUCCGCAGAAGAAAAAAACCAAAAAGCAAUAAUACCUAAGAUGGGUCUUUCGGAUAUACCAGCCAACUAUAUGACCCAGGGCAGUCAUCCCCACCUGAGCAUCCACCACAGCCACAGCCACAGCCAUCACCAGCAUCAGCACCAGCAUCACAAUCAACAGAAUCAUCAGCACAAUGGAACGCCCGCCCAGCAGGCCGCCCAGGUCCUGGCGAUGGAAUCGAACGAGCUGCUGAUGAGCACCAAAGACAAGUUGUCCAGCAAAAAGAAGAUGCACUUGCUCAAAAAGAUCAAGAAGCGCUUCGGACUCGUUCGCCGUUCGCCCUCCUCCUGCCCUGGACCCAACAACCUGCCGCCCCUGCAGUUCCACAGCGUGCACGGGGAUAACAUCAGGAUCUCCCGCGAUGGCACCCUGGCACGUCGCUACGAGAGCUUCUGUCGGGCCAUCACCUUCUCGGCGCGCCCAGUGCGCAUCAACGAAAGGAUCUGCGUGAAGUUUGCGGAGAUCUCGAACAACUGGAAUGGAGGGAUACGCUUUGGGUUCACCAGCAACGAUCCUGUGUCGCUGGAGGGCACCCUGCCCAAGUACGCCUGUCCGGAUCUGACGAAUCGGCCCGGCUUCUGGGCCAAGGCCCUGCACGAGCAGUACUGCGAGAAGGACAACAUCCUGUACUACUACGUGAACAAUGCGGGGGACGUGAUCUACGGGAUCAACAAUGAGGAGAAGGGUGUGAUCCUCUCGGGGAUCGAUACGCGAAGCCUGCUGUGGACUGUGAUUGAUAUUUAUGGCAAUUGCACGGGAAUUGAAUUCCUGGACUCGAGGAUCUACAUGUACCAGCAGCAGCAGCAACAGAUAACCCAGUCCCUGCCCCUGCAACCGGCGAUCCAACAGCAACAGCAGCAGCAGCCGGUGCCACAGAUGCAGCAGCAGAUGCCGCCACAAUCCGCCCUGAAUCCGCAUCAUCCGCAUCAGCAGUCGCGUCGCUCGCUGCCCGGGAACGGCGGCGUGAUCGAGCACGAUCUGGAGCGGCAUGUGAUGCCGUCGCUGCAGUCGCUGCAUUUGACAGGAAACGCCACAGCCAGUGUGGAGCAGGCGGCCAUCGCCCACGACCUGGCGAACGGUCUGCCACCGCUGCGAUACAAUGCCAAUGGACGGCUCAUUCCCGUGCCCUUCCACAUCACGAAGGGCAGGAAUGUGCGUCUCUCCCAUGACCGUUUCAUUGCCUCCCGCACAGAGUCGGACUUUUGUCAGGGCUAUGUCUUCACGGCCCGCCCCAUACGCAUCGGGGAGAAGCUGAUUGUGCAGGUCCUCAAAACAGAACAGAUGUAUGUGGGGGCCCUGGCGCUGGGUCUGACGUCGUGCAAUCCUGCCGUCCUGCAACCAAACGAUCUGCCAAAUGAUUCCGAUUUUCUGCUCGAUCGUCCCGAGUAUUGGGUCGUCAGCAAAGACAUUGCGGCCGCCCCGCAGCGCGGCGAUGAGAUUGCCUUCUUUGUGGCCCCCAACGGGGAGGUGUCGAUCAGCAAGAACAAUGGCCCAGCCGUUGUGGUGAUGCACGUGGAUCAGUCCCUGCAGCUGUGGGCCUUCCUCGAUGUCUACGGCUCGACGCAGUCGUUGAGGAUGUUCCGCCAGCAGCUGCCGAACAUGGUGGCAUAUCCCUCACAGCCGCAGGUGAAUGCCAGCGCCUGCAGCACCUCCUCCGCUUCUACCUCGAGAAUGCUGCCCAUGACCGAGUCCAUGACCAGCUUGAAUGCCGGACAGCUGCUUGGGGCGGCCACCAAGAUGCUGCAACACAACUCACAGCUGAGUGUGGCGCAGAGCACGAGCACGCUGGCCUCGGCCGCUGGAGCAGCGAACGGCAGUCGUAUGAUCAGCAUGCCCUCCAAUGGUGACAUCCUGCAGAUCCAACCGAAUGGCGGUGGCACUGUGCUGGUCGUAAAUCUCCCGCCAGCCAGCAGCUCCCAUGAUCUGAAUGGCCAACAGAUGUCGUCGAGGCCAACGACCACGACGGUGACCUCCAGUGGGAUACUGGCCGGAGCCUGCAGCAGUGGGACCCUCAUCAGCACCGCCAGCAGUCAGUAUAUUGAGCCCAUCGCCAAUAGCACAAACAAUGCUGCCAACAAAUGGAAGGACAGCUUGAGCGAUCAGCAUAGCACGGACUCCAGCGCGGAGUGCACUAUUUGCUAUGAGAAUCCCAUUGAUUCGGUGCUCUAUAUGUGCGGACACAUGUGCAUGUGCUACAACUGCGCCAUCGAGCAGUGGCGCGGCGCGGGCGGCGGCCAUUGUCCGCUGUGUCGGGCAGUGAUUCGAGAUGUCAUCAGGACCUACACGACGUAGGAGCCGCGACUGAGCGUAGGAGCAGCCCCCUCAAGCCAGCGGGAAGCGUUUCAGUUUCCUAAACAAAAGAAAACCUUUUAACUCGCAAUCAAAUCUAAAAAAAAAAAAAACUAAUAUAAAAAAUACUUUGUUGCAUUUCGUAAGAAAAGGAGAGCAGCGGAAGAGAGAUCAAUUAUAUAGGGCAUAAGGAAGGAAAAGUAGCACGGCAUGGAAUGGAUUGCAAGACUCUAGUAUUAACAAAUAACUGAUAUUUUUGCAGAAACUAAAGAUUAUAGAAAGGACUAUUUAGAGAGAUGGCAGAAGCAAGAAUGUCUGCAUGCUUCUUAUAUAUUUUUAUUAGAUAUAUUUAAUUUUUUUGUGAUUUUAUGAGUAUAAGAGAGUGCGCCCGAGAGCCGGAGCCCCCUGAGAAUAUUAUUGUAUUGUUCAACCGAGAUUUUUACGUUUAUUUAAUUUUUUUGUAAACACCGAAGCCACAUACAUAUGGUAUACAUAAUAUAUUUAUGCGUGUUGUACACUAAAUAUUAAAAACCAAAGUAUUGUAUGGAAGGAUUGAACGAUUGAUCAGAGCCGAUCCGUUUUUGUAUUAAAUUUUUUUAUUGUAUUGUGCAAAAAUUUAAGGACAAAAGUUGUUGCAAAUUUACUUAGUUUUUUCUGUAUAUGAAAAUUUCGAUUCAAAAACAAAACAAAAAUUAUAUAUUUCCAAUCAUUUUGGUGCUAAAAAAUGUUUUGAAUUUGCAAAAAUUAUGAAAAUUGUUAAAGGAUUUUGAAUGAAAAGUUAUGUUUAGGCUUGCGGCAACUACAAUACAUGGAAAUUAUAGGAACUAAAACCAUUGACUACUUUCCGAACAGAAGGAAAAGCACAGAAAAUAAAUCUAUUCUGCCAGCACAAAAAGAUUGAGAUCAGAGAAAAAUGCUUAUAUGCACGAAAACCAAAAUACAAGAAAGACAGAAAACUGCAAGAGCAGGAUGCGUGUUAAAUCUAGUUUAUAGUUUAGUUUUAAGCGAUAUUUUAAGUUAAUUUCUAGUCAACGAAUUAUGCUGAAGUUUAAUCUAAAAAAAAAAACAAAAUGGGACUUCACUUCAACCAAACAAAACAAAAGAAAAAAAAAACAACAAAAAAAACUAUGAAGGAAAAUCGUAUAUUGAGCACUCACGCUAAGCAAUUUUAAUGGAAAUGCCGCAUUUUAAUGAAUUAACAUUUAAGUAGUGCACAUAUUUUUAAUGAAACAAUGAUUAUAUAUUUUAAAUGAACAAAAGACUUGUAUGUUGUACAGCAACAGCUCGAAAGGAAAUACAUGUAUUGAAAACUGGA